AGGGAAAAGUUUCCUAACGGAGUACCAAUCAAAUCUAUUUUUCUUUCUCAGUCCACGUCGCUCAAGUACGCGUCCGGACCACUCCAAUCAGAUCAGCAUGUUAACCACUUUUUGCAAAAUGUCGAAACGAGUGAGCUGUCUUCCUCUUCCUCCACCACCGUCUCUCCAAUCGCAUCAUCCACCUUUUUGGGUACACUGCCUCACGAAUUCUCAGGCUUCAGGUCGACUCCGUUCUCUCCACAUUCCACAAGUGUACAAACCAACAGCUGGAAGACUUUCCUGACGGGCAGUGGAAGCCUGAUGGCGAUGACAACAGCAGCAGCAGCGAAGCGAAUGCUCUUAAACAACGCUCUAGAGCAAUGGCCCCAACGAUCCUCAACCAAUGUUCCCAUCACCACAUCUGAUGCGCAUAUCCUCAGUCCUCAGGACGUGCUUCGAUUACCGCCUCCACGGCAGGUGCAACAAUUUGUUGACUACAUCAACCCCUACAUUAAACAGAGCAUUAGUCCACUGCAGAUUCACUUCAUCAUAAAUCAGUGGCAUUCAUUUCGUCAAACACUGCGGCAAAAUCGUCGAAUGCAACGUCUUCAAGCCGCCGAGAGGGAGGACGUGAGACGGCGGAAACAAAGUGAACGCCAGGAUAGCAAAAAGGUGGAUCUUUUUGCCAAAGUUGUUCUUCGAAGAGAAGCACAAGCAUUAAAAAAAGCCGCCUCAUUUGCAGAAUUCAAACGAAUUCUUCUGCGCGCCAACACGAAGUCUUCAAUAGGAAAGCGGAAUACAUUUUCACCAGAGAACGCUGUUGAUCUGUCUGAAGCUAAUGGUGGUGUUGUUUUUCAUUUGCCCAUAACUCAAAAGACUAAGGCGUCUUUAGUUUCUCAGAGGGUAACUGAAGAAGAGAAAAGAAGCAUAAGUAAACGAAGUCUUGACGAGCUUGAGCUCGGUAAAAAGGAGGAUAUGAAGAGCGUUGAGCUGUCAUCGCGAAUGAAGGAAUAUUCGUUGUCCAGUGGAAACGUUACCGAGGAUGACUACGGAGAAGACGAAACAGAAAAUCAUUCAGAUGAGGAACUUAGAGAAGCAUACAACAGCUAUAAUGACUUCUUAAGUAAUGCCUGUACGCCAAAAAACAGGAUUAUUUGCACAAAAUCUCUGUUUCUGAGAGGUCGUGUAGACCACUCGACCUUGUUUUUGCCACCUGGCAUCUACGUGAGACGAUGCGAUAAUUCAGUGUGGGGUUCGACGUGCGGAGGCGGAAGUGUGGUCAACUCCUAUCAGGCCAUGUUUAAUCAGGCGGCGCGGCUGCGCUCCAGGUUGGCGCUUAAGUCACUCUGUGCAGCAGCCGAUCGCAUGGAUGCAGCCUCUAGGCCAGGUGUUACUGACCUACGCCACUUCGAUGGCAGUGGAUCCUGCGCCUGUCUUCUGCCCGAAGAGGAGUGUCUCCCAACUGAGGUUGGUCUAAAGGUUGCUCCGGUGGUCGUAUACAACGUAAGUUAUCUAGAUGACUGUUGCAUUUGUUACUUCGUGUAG